AUGUCUGUCUCUAUUUCUCUUUCUGCUUGUAUCUCUGUUUGUCUCUCUCUCUUAUCUCUUUUUUCUCUUUCUCUCUCUUUCUGUGUGUCUGUUUCUGUCUCUCUAAUUCUCUUUCUGCUUGUAUCUCUGUCUGUUCUUCCCCGCUUUCUCUCCACCUCUCCCCCUAUCUCUCUCUUUCUAUGUCUCUGUCUGUUUCUGUCUCUCUAUUUCUCUUUCUCUCUGUAUUUCUGUCUGUCUGUCUCUCUCUCUCUUUAUCUCUAUCUUUCUCUCUCUUUCUGUGUCUUUGUCUGUCUCUGUCUGUCUGACUAUUCGCUCUCUGUCUCUGUCUAUUUGUCUUUCCCCCCACCUCUAUACUCCCUCUCUCUCCCUCUCUCCCUCUCUCUCUCCCUCCUUCUCUCUCUCUUUCUCUCUCUCUUUCUGUGUCUUUGUCUGUCUCUGUCUAUUCGCUUUCUGUCUCUGUCUAUAUCACCUCCACCUCUAUACCCCCUCUCUCUCUCUCCUUCUCUUCCUCCCUCUCUCCUUCCCUCCCUCCCUCUCUCUCUCUCUAUCUCCCUCUCUCUCUAUCCUGUUACAGUUCGGAGAGUUCGAACGGAAGUGGAUAGUCACAAAAUUUUUACUAUUUUCGUUUCCUUUUUAGUUUUGUUUACUUUUCUUUCUUUUCUAUUCAUUUUUUUUUUCACGUCCUUACAUGCGACAUCCUGA